AUGGACACCAGCACGGUCUCACUGUUGUCGCCUCUUCCCACUUUGCGUCUUCUUUCAUCUGAAAAACUAACUCCCACUUGUCGCAUUCUUCCUUCUCACAACCAUUUUCUCAGACACUUCUCCUACCCUACUAACUUUAAUCGGACCUCAAAAUUCAGAACUACACAAGCCCUUCUCAAUUCCUCUCCCAUAACCCCUACAGCGGUCACCACUCCCACUCUCAGAGAAAUAUGCCAAGCUCACGUUCCUGAACAUAUAUUGCAAAGGCAGAUGGAAGAGAUUGGGUAUGUAGUGCCCACGGAUAUCCAGAGGGAGGCUUUGCCUUAUCUUUUUUCUGGGCUUGAUUGCAUUCUCCAUGCUCAGACAGGUUCUGGGAAGACACUCACAUACCUGCUUUUGAUCCACUCCAUCGUCAAUGCUGCAAAAUCCUCUGUGCAAGCUCUUGUUGUGGUGCCCACCCGGGAACUCGGAAUGCAAGUCACUAAGGUCGCUAGGACAUUGGCUGCAAAGCCAACUGGAGUCGUUGGGGAGCACAAGUCAUGUUCCAUCAUGGCUCUGCUAGAUGGAGGAACACUGAAAAGACACAAGACUUGGUUAAAGGCAGAGCCACCAACAAUAGUGGUUGCAACAGUUGGGAGUUUAUGCCAAAUGCUUGAAAGACAUUUUUUUUCGCUUGAAACUGUGCGGGUGCUGAUUGUUGAUGAGGUUGACUGUAUUUUCAACUCUUCAAAGCAAGUGAGUUCCCUUCGAAAGAUUUUGACUUCACAUUCAUCUUGCAAUAACCGUCAGACAGUCUUUGCCAGUGCAUCUAUACCACAGCACAACCGAUUUAUUCAUGACUCUGUGCAGCAAAAAUGGACAAAGAGAGAUGUGGUCCAUAUUCAUGUCAGUGCAGUGGAGCCCAUGCCAUCUCGCAUUUAUCAUAGAUUUAUAAGAUGUGAAACCAAAAGAAAAUUACAAAUCCUGUUAUCCUUGAUACAGUCCGAUGCACCUGAGUCUGGCAUUAUAUUUGUUACUGAGCAGUCCGAGAAGUCCAAAAAGGCUGGAAAAACUCCAUCAACAUCCCUUCUGAUUGACUUUUUGAAGAUAUCAUACCGGGGUGAUUUAGAUGUCCUCCUCCUUGAAGACAAAAUGAAUUUCAAUUCACGAGCAGCUUCACUGUUGGAGGUUAGAAAAGGAGGUGGCUAUCUUCUUGUAGCAACAGAUAUAGCUGCUAGGGGAGUUGACCUUCCAGAAAUGUCUCACAUUUACAACUUUGAUCUGCCAAGGACUGCUAUAGAUUAUCUUCAUCGAGCUGGCCGAACAUGUAGAAAACCCUUUUCUGACAUCAAUUGUACUGUUACCAGCAUUAUUGUUCCAGAUGAGCGAUUUGUUCUGCAGAGAUAUGAAAAUGAGUUGAUGUUUGAGUGUGAAGAGUUUAUUAUUCCAUAA